AAUGAAGAAAAUGAAUUUGAUUAUAAAAUUGGUGGUUAUCAUCCUGUUUCUAAAGGAGAGAUUUAUUAUUCUAAAAAUUUUCCUAAUCGUGAAUAUAUAAUCUUGAGAAAAUUAGGAUGGGGACAUUUUUCUACGGUCUGGUUGGCUAAAUCAAGAUUUAAUCCAACUUUACAUAUAACGGAUACUGAAUCAUCCAGUGAGGAAAUAGUUGAUACCUCAGAGUAUUAUGUGGCGAUUAAAUUUGUUAAAUCGAAUAAGAAUUAUUUAGAAGCUGCUGAAGAUGAAAUUAAAAUCCUUAAAGCUUUACAUGAUCCUAUAAAUUUCAGUCAUUUAUCAGAGCAUGAUAAACAAUAUUGGCAACAUAUUAAACCACCUAUGCAUCCUGGUUAUAAACAUAUUAUGAAAUUAUUGGAUAAUUUCCAAAUUAUAGGUCCAAAUGGUAAUCAUAUCUGUAUGGUGUUUGAGAUCUUAGGUGAAAAUGUAUUGAAUUUGAUUUAUAAAUUAUUAAAGAAAUCUCGUUAUUCAGGUGGUAUACCGUUGAAUUUGGUAAGACUAAUUGUUAAACAAUUAUUCUUAGCUUUAGAUUAUAUGCAUCAUAGUGGAAUAAUUCAUACUGAUUUAAAACCAGAAAAUAUAUUAAUUGAAAUUAAAGAAAUUAAUAAAUUAAUUAAAAUCAUUGAAUUAGAAAAAGUUUCAAAAUUAUCUUCUCCAAUGAAUCCAUCUAUAUCAACUGGUACAAAUAAUUCAAAUCCUACUUCAACUUCAUUAUCCAAUUCACGUAAUCAUUCCAUAGCAUCGGUUAAUUCAGUAAGCUCAUUCCAUUAUAAGAAAUCAAAGAAUUCAGUAGCUUUAGGAGGAACUCCAAUUAGAAGUUCAAAACCAUUAAGUUCAUCAAUGAGUCAAGAAGUAUUAUUUAAAGAUAUUGAUUAUCAUGAUCAUGAUAAUGAUGUUGGAGUUGAUCAAGAUCAUACUCCUGUAUUUAGUAAUCUUAAUCCUGAUUCCAUUCAUCAACCCGAUAUAUCAAUAAAGAUUGCUGAUUUAGGUAAUGCUACUUUUACAAAUUUACAUUUCACUAAUCAAAUUCAAACUCGUCAAUAUAGAUCACCUGAAAUCUUAUUAAAAUAUAAGUCAUGGGGUUCAUCAACUGAUUUAUGGUCAGUAGGUUGUAUUAUCUUUGAAUUAAUUACUGGUGACUAUUUAUUUGAUCCUCAUGAUGGACAAUAUUUUGAUAAAGAUGAAGACCAUCUUGCUCAAAUCAUUGAAUUAUUAGGUGAAUUUCCAUCUGAUGAAUAUUUGUUGGAUUGUAAAUUAACAUCAAAGUUUUUUAAAUUAAAUCCAUUAAAUAAUGAAAUCAUCUUUAAGAAUAUUUAUAAUUUGAAAUAUUGGGGUUUAAGAGAUGUCUUGAUUGAAAAAUAUAAAUUCAAAAAGGAUGAUAUUCAAGUUAAAUUAAUCAGUGAUUUAAUUUUGAAAUGUUUAAGGUUUAGUCUUUCAGAUAGAUACGAUGCAGGAUCAUUAUUAAAUCAUCCAUGGUUACAAGAUGAUAUCAAAUUUGAUGAAAUACCAUUUGAUGAUGAAACAAUCGAUGGUUGGUUAAAAAAUAUGGAGAAUAAUAAUCACCAUUUACCUGGAUUUACAAAACUUUCAAGAUAA